AUGCGUUCUUUGGAAGCUCUCAUCAUAACGCUGGUUGUUCUCCUCGCCUGUAAUAGUGCGUUCUCUAUAGCCCAAGGACUAUCUCUCUCAACCCACGCUAUCCGGAUGCGAUCAUUACAGGCGGGCAUAACUCCCGACACCGAAGACAAAACUAAAGAUUCGGAGGAGAGAAGCUUAUACAAACUUCUUAAAGUACAAUGGUGGAUAAGUGCUAAGAAAUCUGACGAGUACGUGAAGCAGGCGCUAAAGCUGGAUGAGCUGGAUGAUGCAGCGUUAAAGGAGCAUAAGAACUUAAAGUACUUUACUUACUUUCAAUACGAGAAACGACAUAAUUUGCUCAGCAAGGCGUUCAGAAGAAACUUGCCUACCUUUGAAGUAUGGAAGAAGCUCAAUUUGGACAAAAUUACAAGCCGGGACCAGCUCAAGGAUAUUUACCAGGCAGCUGACUUUAGAGCCUACAGUCGCUACGUGAAAAUGUUUGACAACAGCGUGGUUGGGCUGGUGAAUGGCGGUGUUGGAACUGUCCCACGAGUUAUGAUCGCGAGAGGAGCAACAGACCCGGAGAUAACUGCGAGAACCAUUCUUAUGGCCAGGGAAGGGAGGAGCGAUAAUGUUGCAAAAGUUUUGCUGGGCUUGACUGAAGCUGAUGAUCCUUUCCGAGUUUUAUCCGGUGCUAAGCUCAUACAACACCAAGAUUACAAAUACUUCGAGCUCUUUUAG